AAUUGUCUAAAUAAAUAAAUAAUUUAAAUAAUAUUUCUACCACAACCGCAGGUUUGCCUCAGCGGGACUUUUAUUUUGAAAUCAAACAUGGCUUCCUACUGAAUGAAAGCAUGCUGUAUGCUGUCAUUGAGCUGAGCUGUUUAUGGUCUUCUUCAGGUUUAUUCGUACGACCAGCGUACUUUUAAAUAUUUCCUCGUACACACGAAGUAAGUCCUUGAAGAGUGUCAGCAUGUGUAAAGAGCUGAAGACGAGAGUCCUGCGGAUUUCACCUCAAAACUCAGACGAUAUGACUUCACAGCAGCAGGAGUGGACGGAGGUCCUGAGCGCCACAGUAACGGCUCUGAAGGCCAGGCAGGUCGUGGCUGUUCCCACUGACACCAUCUACGGUCUGGCCUGUGUGGCUCAGAACUCCACGGCCAUCCGCAGAGUUUAUGACAUCAAGGGCAGGAAUGGAGACAAACCUCUAGCCAUCUGUGUCGGAGAAAUACAGGACAUAUACAGGUACUGUAAGGUGUCUGUGAAGGAGGAGCUGCUCUCAGAUCUGCUGCCUGGACCCGUUACACUAGUUCUGGAAAGAUCCACCACACUGAACGCUGAUCUCAAUCCUUUCACCAAGCUCAUAGGGGUCCGUAUCCCAGACCACCCGUUCAUGAGACGCCUCUGUCAGAUGUGCGGCGAGCCGCUCGCUCUCACCAGUGCUAACGUCAGCGCUCAAACCAGCACGGUUGCUGUUAAUGAGUUUGAGGAUUUGUGGCCCAGUCUGGCGGUUGUGGUGGACGGUGGCCCGAUUGGAGAUAAAAGCCGCUUGGGUUCGACAGUUGUGGAUCUGUCCGUGUGUGGCAGAUACCGGAUAAUCAGACCUGGAUGCGCUCUCUCUGCCACAGUGAAAGUACUCGAGGGCAAGUAUGGACUGCUGGAGGAUCCUGUCAAUCAAUGAGCUUCCAGUGCAACAAAAACCCGCUGUAGGUCAAAGCCAGUACAGAGACCAACAGAUGAGACGCUGCCCAUAAAGGGAAGGGCUUCUCAGUAGUGGGUCUUGAGGGUCUUAUUUGUUCAGCUUUCCUCUUCAGAGAGUUUUGGGUUUGGUGCUUCUGAUACGAAUGUGCCUUUUAAAAUCAUCCUCUUAGGCUUGUGUAUCCACAGACACGUUAUUCUUCUCACUCAGAGUCACAUGUUUGGUUCCUGAAUAGUGUGUUGGGUCAUUUUACACAGUGGAGUUGUUCUCCAGUUGACCGUGACCUCACUCCUGUAGGGAUUACACGGUGUCGGGAAUAUUAGAAUGAAUACUGUAAAAUAUGAUUGAGUUGACUGCUGUUAAAGUACAGUAAUAGUUUAGUUCUUUUAGUUAAUUGGAUUUUAUUUAUUGCAGUUUUAAACUCAAAUGAUUGUGCCUGGUUGCGAGGCAUCAGUUGCUCUCUGGCAGAGCUUCAGUUGUUUUUGUAAAAACGAAUACAACCUGAAUCUGACAUGAAGAACUUUUAUUUAUUAUUGUACCGUUUUGCAUUGUGGACCAAAGCAAAGUCAAUCAUCUCAUCGCCAUCUUUUGCAGUAGUCCCACACAUUUAGUGUUUGAAAUUAAAACAUUGUUCCGUUUUAUUUCAUACAGUUCGUUUUUGUAAUGCCUAUGAAUUCAUGGACAUUUUAGUUCCCUAAAUAUCUUGCCUGUUGUAAACGGGGUUAAGCCGUGUUCCUCUGAGACCCGUUGACAUGGAUCAGUCGUCUAGGGAUCAUGACUGGGUGUUUGUUUGUGUUAUCUGUGUGUGUGCAUUUAAGGGAAGUGGUGCAAAACUUGCUAUUAUGUGAGAAAUAAAUCGCUAUGCUAUGGAUGUUUAAAAACCAUGUCUGUUCUCAUACUUGCAUGAAAAUUUCAACAUCCUUGGCUAGAUCGGAAACCUUGUGCACACGACUGGCGUUAGAUUAGUAACUCUUUAGCACCCUUUUUUUUUUUUUUUUUUUUUUUUUUUUUUUUUUUUUUUGUCUCCCAAGAAAUGACCAGCAACUUUUUUUGCCUGCUUGUCAACGUGUCUCUCACUCACUCUAUCAUACUCUGUUAAUGCAUUUCUAUAACAGCAUUGGUAACAAACUUUCUCUUGUGGAAAUGAUUUGGAGUCCAAAACGAAUGCCAUAUCGAGCAAAAAUGCAGACUGAAUCUUCUACACUACUCCGUGAACCCAGAUUUUCUAGUUCUAAAUUAUUUUUAUUGGCACGUUGCACUAAUUUCCUAUGUAAUUUGUCUGUAUAAACCGAUUCUUUUCAAAUGACUUUUGGUGCAAUAAACAAUCCUCAGUUUGU